UCCUACAGCAGUCUUCAUGCGCCGCACCGCCCAGAAUGCAGAUCAUACAAACUGUUCCAGAGGCACAGAGCACAUUAAAGGAUCCUUAUAUGGCCCAUUCAACACCCUACAUUCCCCCAGGGGCGCUACAGGCAACUAAGUUAACACAAGCUCCAGCUCACACUGCCCAAAUGGCCAAUCAGCAUCCACCAAACCCAAUUUCAGUGCCACGACCCACUUUUAACCCUAUGCAUACAACAGCUCCUCAUCAGAGGGUGACAGUUGCAUCCAACAUGCCUAUUUGCCCACAGCCCUUUGCAAAUGCACCUGUUUCCCAAACUGGCUACUUGCCUCAACCCGGAACAGAGCUUUUGAUGGCCGCAGCCUAUGGCAUCCCUCGCCCAACACUACCUGUGUUUGAAAGUGGUACAGAAAGUGACUUUGCCCUCUUGAAAUUGGCCUUAGACAGCCUACUAAGUCCCCAUACUCACAUUAGCGAGCAAUACAAAUACCAAGUAUUAAUGAGUCAUCUGAAAUUUGCUAGUGCACAACAGCUAGCUAAAGCUUAUAUGCACCACCCACAACCUUACACCGCAGCCUUACAAGCUUUACAGGCGAAGUAUGGCCAGCCCAGACAGCUAGUUCAAUCUGAAUUAGGGGCUAUUAUGAGUACACCUCCACUUAAAAUAGGUGACGCAAACUCAUUUGACUCAUUCGCCCUGUCUGUCCAAUCCCUAGUCGGUAUGCUGAGGACUCUAGAGGGCCAGAAUGGAUUUGAGCUCAUGUGUGGUUCCCAUGUUGACCGCCUUUUAGGAAAAAUGCCCCCUGCCUACAGAGAUAGCUUUGUGGAGUACUGCUUUAGUCAUGGCAUCCUUCAAUCUGGUACAGACAGAACGUAUACACUUCCUGACCUAGCAGCCUGGUUACAGACAAAAUCCCAAGCCAAGCGGAUCUCCAGUAGAGCGGUUGCUAUGUUCCAGUCAGAUAUUACAAAGACAUCUGGCAGGAGUAAAAGCUCUUCAUAUCAUUGGGAACGUCCAACGACUUCGUUUCUGACUUCAGAAAACGCUGUUAAGCCACCAGCAGCAACACCAGCAAAGGUCAGUCCCAAGCCAAAGCCGUAUUGUCCGUACUGUGACAACCCAGACCACUAUUUGAACUCAUGUGACAAAUUCAAGAAGCUGACCACCGAUCAAAUCGUCAGUUGGAUCACAAGAGACAAACGCUGUUGGAAGUGUGGGAGGAAUCACUCAGUUAAUACUUGUAACCUCAAGCGGCCAUGUAAAAUAUGCAAAGAAAUCCAUCUUACCAUACUGCAUGACUCAAUUAAAGACACUUCCAGAGCAGUUCUAAUGGUGAGUUUGCCUUCGACACAAAUCUAUCUGGAUAGACCUAACCGCUCACAGAAGGUGAUGCUCAAGGUCGCACGAGUUCUCCUGCACAGUCAAACCCAAACCAUUGAGGCUUAUGCCGUGCUCGACGAUGGCUCAGAAAGGACUAUUGUCCUCCCUCAAGAAGUUUAGCCUCAAGGGCUUAGU